AUGGAGUCUAAGAUACUAUUCGAUGCUUUUCUCGUCUUAUGCGCGAUAAGAAGGGUUUUCGGCGAUGUCGAUUGCUCAGAAACGGGUGCUGGCGUCUUCGCAGAUCCUGAUGAUACCACCUGCAAGAGCUUCACGACAUGCGUCUAUAAUAGUGCCUUCGAUGCUUAUGCUGUGACCAAUUACACAUGUGCCAGUGGAAAAGUGUUUAGUCCAAGCGCCGUUUCUUGCGUGGCCUCCAGCGAAUAUGAUUGUAACGCAAGUUCUACUACCACUGUAGCGUGUGAUACAACAACCACUGAGACUGAUACAACAACUACUGAAAUCACAACCACAGCUGUGACUACGACUACUGACGCUGAUACGACAACCACCGAAAUCGCGACUACAACUACUCAGGCUGAUACAACUACUGAGGGCACGACAACGACACCUGAGGCCGAUACCACAACUACUGAGAUUACUACUACGACUACUGAGGCUGAUACCACAACUUCAGAAAUCACGACAACGACCGAUGCUGCAACUACAGAAGCACAUACAACGACAACUGAAAUCGCGACAACGACUACUGAGGCAGAGACCGCUAAUACAGAGGUCGCGGCUACCACCAGUGAUGCUGCCACGACUACUACUGAGAUGACCACUACUACUACUGAAGCCGAUACCACUACUACUGAAGUCACGACAACUACUGAAGCUGAUACCACUACUACUGAAGUCACGACAACAACGGACGCUACAACUACUGAAUCCGAUACCACAACUACUGAAGUCACGACAACUACUGAAGCUGAUACCACUACUACUGAAGUUACGACAACAACGGACGCUACAACUACUGAAUCCGAUACCACAACUACUGAAGCUGAUACCACUACUACUGAAGUCACGACAACAACGGACGCUACAACUACUGAAGUGGAUAUCACAACUACUGAAAUCACAACAACUACUGAAGCCGAUACCACAACUACUGAAGUCACGACAACAACGGACGCUACAACUACUGAAGCGGAUAUCACAACUACUGAAGUCACGACAACUACUGAAGCCGAUACCACAACUACUGAAGUCACGACAACAACGGACGCUUCAACUACUGAAGCGGAUAUCACAACUACUGAAUUCACGACAACUACUGAAGCCGAUACCACAACUACUGAAGUCACGACUACGACUACUGAGGCUGAUACCACAACUACUGUAAUCACUACUACAACUACUGAAGUCACAACCACUACUACCGCUGCACCAAACAAUACAUUUACUUGUUCUGCAGUCGGAAGGUUCGCAAAUCCGUCUGACACAGCAUGCGGAACCUACUAUUUCUGUGUUCAGUAUCCAACUGGGGAUUUUCUGCAAGAAUUAUAUACUUGUCCCUCGGGGUCAUACUUUAACCCCACAACUAAAAUGUGCACAAGUACCUAUACUUGUUCUGUUGAGACUAGUACCGAAACUAGUACUGAAUCUGGAUCGUUUACAUGUACUACUGCUGGUAGAUAUGCCAACACUGCAGAUACUACUUGUGAGAGUUAUAUUUUCUGUGUUAUGAUGUCAGACGGAACAUUUGAUCAAUACCAAUAUACGUGCCCAUCGGGAACUCGAUUCAAUCCGACUUCAAGAGUUUGUUCGAGUAGCUAUACUUGCACAAGUUUGUAAACGUUUUAAAAUUGCAGGGGAUAAAAUGGCCACAUUGUAUCAAUUGAUCUAAAACAGCAAUUUGCAUUUGUUGACAUUUGUGUACUUAAUACUUACUUUUUACAUGAAUUGCUUCAAUGUGCCCUUUUCAAUCUACCAGUUUGGGUGAUUUAUUGGGAUGUAUUUUUAAUACAAUGCUAAGUUCAAAAAUAUUGUAAAUUAUACUUGAUAAUGUAACGUUGAAACACGAACAACACUAUGUUAGUUUAAGAUAAAGUAUACUUUGUUUGGAUAGAUCUGUACAGUUCUGCGCACGCACCUCGACAAUAAUAUAUAUAUAGUAUAUAUCAGAUAUAAUAUUAUAGAUAUCAAACAUACCUUUACCUACCAUACCCAUACCUACCAUGUGACAAUUCAGAGACAGUUUCCUCAAACGACUCAAUACAGCAACCUAAAUAUUUAUUUAAUAUUAAGUUUAUCUUUUGUAUAUUUAGCUGUAAAUAAUAA